AUGGCUACCUUUGUUAAGGUGCCGCGCGUCUUCCUUCUGGCUGGCUUUAUUCUAAUCUUCCUCUUUCUGAGCACCAACCGCUUCUACUACAACGAUGAGAACGCAUAUCCUCUACCGCCGCCAAUCGAUCAUUCUACACCAAAUGAGCGCGUAGCGGCUCACGCGGCAGCGACGACACCUGAGGAAUCCAAGAAAAUUAUUGUCGAAAAGCCGUUUGCUGCUGGUGGAUAUGGUGGCGGUAGCGGCUCUCCAAUCGUUGCUAGCGAACCCGCAACCGGCGCAACGAGCGCUGAUUCAGCUGCUGUGGUAGAAGGAGUCGGAGCGCCUGGCGCGUCCACGACACCUGGGCCGCAGAAGCAGCAACAGGACAUCAACAACAACAAUGCGCACAACCAACAUCAAAGCCCAGCCGCUGCCCUGGGGCCAUGCGAGGAUCUCAAACUCCUUCGAAGCGUCCACUCCCAGCAGCAAUUGACCGAAAAGGUGCGAUACCAGAGGAUCUGCCUCGAGCCCAUCUUCUCGGCAGAUGUUGAUCGCCAUGCCAUCACCAGUCUCCCCACCUCACUUUUCGGUAGCGAAGCCACAGUGAACAUCAACGAAUGCGAAUCUGCCCAGGUGCCCGAAUGUACCCGAGUUCAGCUUAAAGUACCUGAACCAUACGAUAAACACCACGAUGUGUCCCAUCUGGUUUUUGGUGUCGCAACCGACUACCAGCGCCUUCAAGAAUCAAUUGACGCUUUUGCGCAUUGGUUGUCGCGGCCGGGGGGCCGGGGCGCAAAACUGGUCGCCCUUCUCGUCGACUAUUCCUCAUACAAGGACGUGGAAAUUGAGGCAUUGCUAGAAGAGUUUCGUGAUGCAGAUAUCAACGUACAGCUGGUCCGGCCACUCCGCGAGACGUAUACAGUCUCGCAUUCUCAUUUCACAGUUCUUGCGCAAAUGCUCGAGAGCAAUCCUGAAGCGCAGUGGUACGGGCUUUUAGACGAUGACACAUUUUUUCCCCGUGGAUUAAAGCCAUUGUCUGAUGCGCUUGCAAAACUUGACCACACCCAGGACCAAUAUGUUGGGGCACUAUCAGAGGACUUUGAGGCCGUACGGACCUUUGGCUUUAUGGCUUUCGGUGGUGCCGGAGUGUACUUGUCAGCGCCACUCGCAAAGACAUUGGGAAACCACAUCCACGAGUGCAUAUCUGGAGCUACCAUGGCUGAGGGUGACAUCAUCAUACGAGACUGUGUAUACAGUAACUCCAAGGCAAAGUUGACCACCCUGCCUGGCUUAUUCCAGCAAGACAUGAAAGAUGAUGCGAGUGGUUUCUUCGAAUCGGGAGUCGAAGCUAUUAAUUUCCAUCACUGGAAAAGUUGGUUCAACGCCCCAGUCGUCGACAUGGCUGCAGCAGCACUUUACUGCGGAGACUGUUUCUUGCAGCGGUGGCAGUUUGAAGACGAUACUAUUUUCACAAAUGGCUAUUCUAUAGUCAAGUACCUGUAUGACGUACGGAAUAUCGAUCUGAAUCAGAUGGAGGGCACCUGGACCAAUGCCGGCAGGAGCUUUGACUUCAGCAUUGGACCUUUGCGGAGGAAGCUGGUCCGGGAUGAGAAAAAGAGCUACACGUUGAAAGCUGCCGACUUCGCCGACGGUGGCAAUCUACAUCAGCUCUACGUCUGGGAUGGCAAUCCAGCGACUGGUGAAGCCGACGGUGUGAUAGAGGUCGUAUGGCAAAAACGAAGAUGA